AGUCCCUGACAGAAACAAUCUCAUCCAAAAUCAUUCGACACUCCGAGUCACAUUGCCCACCUCCACUUCUCUCAACAAUGGCGGCUCCUCACAUUUUCAGAUCCUCCUUCCUCUCUACACAACCCCUCCCCCACAACUCCUCCGCCGUACGCGCCGCCCCUCAAAGCCCCCUCUCCAUCCGCGCAACCGCCACCUCCUCCGAUGCCUCCGCCCCAAUCAAGCACCGCCGCACGGAGGAGAACAUCCGCGACGAGGCCCGGCGCCACACCUCCUCCCACAACUUCUCCGCCAAGUACGUCCCCUUCAACGCCGAGCCCACCUCCACCGAAUCCUACUCCCUCGACGAGAUCGUCUACCGCAGCCGCUCCGGCGGCCUCCUCGACGUCCAGCACGACAUGGAAGCCCUGAAGAAAUUCGACGGCGAGUACUGGCGCUCCCUCUUCGACUCGCGCGUGGGCAAGACCACCUGGCCCUACGGCUCCGGCGUCUGGUCCAAGAAGGAGUGGGUCCUCCCCGAGAUCGACAGCGACGACAUCGUCAGCGCGUUCGAAGGUAACUCCAACCUCUUCUGGGCUGAGCGUUACGGCAAACAGUUUCUGGGCAUGAACGAUCUCUGGGUCAAGCACUGCGGUAUCAGCCACACCGGCAGCUUCAAGGAUCUCGGCAUGACCGUACUGGUCAGCCAGGUUAACCGCCUCCGCAAAAUGAACCGCCCAGUCGUCGGAGUCGGCUGCGCCUCCACCGGCGACACCUCAGCCGCCCUCUCCGCCUACUGCGCCUCCGCCGGAAUCCCAUCCAUCGUCUUCCUCCCCGCCAAUCGAAUCUCCAUCGCCCAGCUCGUUCAGCCAAUCGCAAACGGAGCCUUCGUUCUUAGCCUCGACACCGAUUUCGACGGCUGUAUGCAGUUGAUCCGCGAAGUCACAUCGGAGCUGCCUAUCUACUUGGCCAAUUCUUUAAACAGUCUCCGAUUAGAGGGGCAAAAAACCGCGGCCAUCGAAAUACUUCAGCAGUUCGAUUGGCAGGUGCCCGAUUGGGUAAUCAUCCCGGGCGGAAACCUAGGCAACAUAUACGCGUUCUACAAAGGCUUCCAAAUGUGCAAAGAGCUAGGGCUUGUCGAUAAAAUCCCCCGACUCGUCUGCGCUCAAGCCGCCAACGCGAAUCCUCUCUACCUCCAUUACAAAUCGGGGUGGACGGAUUUCAAAGCCGUCAAAGCGGGGACCACUUUCGCAUCCGCCAUUCAAAUCGGAGACCCCGUCUCGAUCGAUAGGGCCGUCCUCGCGCUGCAAAAUUCAAACGGGAUUUGCGAGGAGGCGACCGAGGAGGAGCUGAUGAAUGCAAUGGCGCAAGCUGAUUCGACCGGGAUGUUUAUCUGCCCGCAUACCGGCGUCGCUUUGUCUGCUCUGAUCAAGCUGAGGAACAGCGGUGUUAUCGGGCCCACAGAUAGGACUGUUGUUGUGAGUACCGCGCACGGAUUGAAGUUCACGCAGUCGAAGAUCGAUUACCAUUCGAAUGCGAUCAAGGAUAUGGACUGUAGGUACGCGAAUCCGCCGGUGCAUGUGAAGGCGGAUUUCGGUUCGGUUAUGGACGUUCUGAAGAAGUAUCUGCUAAGCAAAGAUUCCAAGGUGCAAUGAGUAAGUUUUCGUGUUGCCUUGGUUAGCUUUUAGAAGAGGCGAUCCCUUUUGGUUUUUCCCCGAUUAUAAUUGUUGUUUUUUUCAUGGAUAUCGUUGCACAAUUUUUGAUUCGGAGUUUUCUGUUUAAUGAAACUAUGUUUUUUUGAGUUCGAGAUUUUCAUGCAUCUCAUCUGAUGUGGCUUUCGGUAGACUUAUCGUUUGAUGCAUGUCAUGAUUUAGUGAAUGAUGAAGCAUGCAUACAAGGAUAGAUACAAGAAUGAACACACUGUUUAUCUUC